UAUAUUGCUGAAUAUUAUCUAUUAAAAACUUGUAAAGGAAUCAAAAUGAGCAGAGCAGGGGUGUCAAUUGACGUUUGACUGUUAGUAACUCCGAAGGCUGGUCUAAAGGUUCGUUAUCUCCAGUGCACCAUACUUAUCGAAGAUAUAGAAGAGCCAAUCACUGGAUGUUGAACCAAUGGUGAAGAGGAACAGUCCACAGAAAACCACAGACAUAUCCGUGACAGUGUCUGAUGUUCUACGAGACAAGAACUGUAACGUUAUACCUCAGCAGAAAAAGCCCAGACGGUGAGACGAACAUCAUGCCGUUUUUCCCCAUGCCGCGCCGGACGCGCACGUUCUCCGGACCUCACGCCACGUGUCUCCAAACCGCCAACACGUACGCUCGGAGACUGCACCGGUCCAAAGCCGACAACGUCGCGUCCUUCGAGAUCUACCACCGCUGUCACCCCAUGCACGGUCUCCUGAGACUGGUGCUGUACCUCAGUGCAGCUCUCUUCACUCUGGCAGCGUUCGUGUUCUGUGGGGUUGUCUUCAUGUCAGAGUACAUCUUCAUACAGCUUUUUCUUAGGU